AUGCAUCCUCACAUUAUCCUCAUCCUCUUCGCCACUCUAGUCGUAGCCAUUCCUUUCACGAGCCCUCUGUUCGCACUGAGCCCCUACCAACCAUCAGCAUUAAGUCCUCAAUGUAUUGGCAGACCCAUUAAUAACGAAAGCGGAGUCAAAUACUGCCUCGGAGUUGGAUUCAUAGGCAUCUGCAAACACAAGGCCUACACUGAAGGAAAGUCGUGCCUCGACUUCUCCGACUUGCUUCAUCGGCCCCGCGCUAUCGGCCCGGACCCAGGCGGUUACUGCGAGUUGUUCAAGGAAAGAGACUGUGGAGGAGAGCCACUGCAGAUCUGGAAGGGUAGGAAGCUGACUAGUUUCGAGUGUCCGGGUAUUUCGGAGAUGGGUGGAAAGAAUGAGUGGUGGAUGAGUAUGAAAUGCCAGAAGAAUCAGAAUUAA